CAAUCGGCGGCAGCAAAGCAGCUCAUUUUGCCGCCAAAGUUCCGCACAGCAUGGGCAAGGACGACGUGACGUUCCCACUGCUGCGCAAGACGGCGUCCUGUGAAUAUGAACAUCACCGCUUCAUCCUCAAGAAGAAGACGUACGACCAGCAGUACUCGCACAUGUACGUGAGUCGUCUGCGGGCGCUGGAACCCCAGGUCCGCGCGAACAUCCCGCCGUCGUCGGCGCAUGUUCCAAUCCUGCCCAAGAUCAUUGACCUGGCCGCGGGCGAUCAAUGCGUAAUCAUUGGCACGAUCUUCAAGGUCCUUGCAAAGAAACCCAACAUCCUGGACGAGUUCGUGGCGGAUGAAGUGCUGGUGCUGCAGGAAGAGUCGACGUGCUUGGCGUCGGACGACGAUCAACUGUUGCUGGAAGAUGAGAGCGGCCGCGUGGCGCUGUUCGGGAACUUCCGCAUGCAGGAACUCGUGACGGGGGUCGUCGUGGGUCUCCAAGGUGCAAUGCGCGACGACGGCGAAGGGUUCGACGUCAUGUGUGUGUUCACCCCCACCUUGCCGCCGCAGCUCCCACUUCCAUCUCGGUCCGACGAUGCCUACGUCGCGCUGGUGUCGGGUCUCGAAAUGGGCAGCGACACAUGCGAUCCAUCCAAGACAUCCCUCGUCGUCGACUACCUCGCGGGCCGCGUCGGCUCUCCCACCGAGAAGCGCUUCGUGUCUUCGAUCGUUCGAUGCAUCAUCGCCGGCAAUUCCGUGUCCAAGCCCGCCAAAAAUACCCAUGCAUUACCCAAAGCCUCCGUGGCCGCCCUAGCCCAACCGCUCGAACACAUCGACGCCCUUCUGUCGACAUUAACCUCGUCGAUGCCCGUCGACGUCAUGCCCGGUGCGUUCGACCCGAGUAACUUUACGCUGCCCCAGCAACCAUUAGCUUCGUGUUUAUUGCGCCAAUCAAUGCAAACCACAGCCUGCCAUAUGCUGCCGAAUCCCGCCCAAGUCCAGCUGGACAGCGUCCAAUUCAUGGGGUCGUCGGGCCAGAAUGUCGACUCGAUCGGGCAGUGCUGCACCGGCCUCUCGGAGCUCCAGCGCCUCGAGAUGGUCUUAAAAUGGCGACACUUGGCGCCCACUGCGCCUGAUAUCUUGGCCUGCUACCCCAUGCCCCUCGAGGAUUUGUUCGUGCUUGAUAGUACACCGCAUGUGCUGUUUGCAGGCAACCAAUCAGCGUUCGCCACGUCACUCGUCCACGGCGACGCCGGUCAAGUGACUCGGGUGAUUUGCGUGCCGUCGUUUGCCCACACCGGCAUGAUUGUGCUCGUGAAUUUGAAAGACUUGACCGUGGUGCCCCUCACAUUUCAAUAACAUAUAUAUAUAAAUAUAUAUAUACACGAAUCUCACAAA